AUGCGGCCUCAUGACUUAGUCGUUCCUCCAUUACCUAUUAAAGAAGGGGACCAGACGUACAUAGGCAGCUUCAAUGCAGACACCCAGAAGGAGCCAGAAAGGCAGGACAAUUUAACAGAGCUAACUGUGAGUAAAUGCGAGGCAUUAGAGGUGUUCUCUGGAGCAAAGGGCAUGGAGAAAGAUUUCUAUGGUCACCUGGAGGACGCAGCUCUUUGGCUUGCCUCCAUGCUGCCCGUUUUCCUCACGGCGUCCAUCCUGUCCGCCUGGUGCUUAACCGAGAGCACCUGCCUCUCCCACGAUGACCUGAAGGAGCUCAAGACCGAAUUUGCCAUCAGCCUCUACCAGCACCUGGCCCGAGCGGAGAACGGGAGCAGCCUGGUGCUGUCGUCUUUCCCUGGAGCUGCUGCAGUUGGGAGCCCAAGGAAACACUUUUGCGGAGCUGCGCGAUGCCCUGGGAUACAGCAUUCACGUUGUGUAUGCCACAAGCCACCAGUUUCUGAAUUUCAGCUCUCGCCCCGCUUCGCCGCGCGCGCCGCGCGCUGGGCCAACGGCAGCCUCCAGCAGGCCAACUUCAGCGACCCCGGCGCCGCCGCGGCCCGCGUACGGCACUGGAUGAGCUCCAGCACCGGAGAUGGAAACGUCCCCAGCAUGUCCUUGGAUACGGCUCCAUCACCACUCAAUCAGGUCCUUGUGGUGAGCACCAUGUACUUCAAAAGCACGUGGCAAAAGAAAUUUUCCUUCAUGGACACCCAGAUCUUGCCUUUUACUACAGCGGAGGGCUCAACCCUGGGAGUGCCUACAAUGCAUCACACAGCUGAAGUUAACUACGGCCAGUUCCAGACGGCGUCGCUGGAGGCGCUCAGCGUGCUGGAGCUGCCCUACGUCGGGGAGGAAAUCAGCAUGUUCGUGCUGCUUCCCGGCCACAAAAGCACCUCGCUGUCCCGCCUCGAGUCGCAGCUCUCUGCCAAAGCCGUAGCGCUCUGGGCUAGCAGCCUCAAGAGGAUGAAAAUGGACGUGUUCCUGCCUCGAUUCAGUAUCCAAAGCAAUUUUGACCUGAAGAUAGCUUUUUCUGCCUUGGGAAUUACAGACAUAUUUGAUCCCAUCAAAGCUGAUUUUAGAGGUAUUUCAGAGCAAGGCAGUCUUUAUGUCUCAGAAGCUAUUCACAAAGCAAAGAUUGAAGUGGCAGAAGAUGGCACGAAGGCAUCAGGAGCCACAGCAAUGGUGUUACUGAAAAGAUCGCGAACGCCUGUUUUCAAAGCAGACCGGCCUUUUACUUUCUUCCUGAGGCAAGCUAACACAGGUUCAGUACUCUUUAUAGGAAGAGUUACAAAUCCUUCACAAUAA